AUGCAAUGUGUCCAGACGCGCGGCGGCACGGCCUUCCACCAGCUGAAGGAGCGAGCACCCACCCGCAGCCCGGGGGCCACGCGGCCGGGCACCAGGCCUUCGAUGGCGGCCUCGCCCGCCAUCGACCUGGGAGAGCCGCUCGCGGCUCUGUUCAAGCGCGUGCGCGUCGCCGACAAGUUUUACCGCAAGUACGAAGGGCAGCUCGAGGACCUGGGUGUGGGUGAUGCUGGCGACCUCCUCGAGGUGGUCGCUGUGAAGGGCAUUGCCUCGCUCGGAAUCCACGAGCUCCAGGCGGAGAAGCUCCGCCGAGCUCUUCUCGGCCGGCGGGGCUGGGGGGACGCAGCUGCGGCCGCUGAAGGUGGGUCCGGAGGUGGGACCGAGGGAUCCAGUUUGGACCCCUUGGAGCCCGCGCUGCCGGAGAGCGGCGAUGGGACGAUCGCCGCCGCGGGGGAGGAGGAGGAGCGGCCCAACCCAGUGGAGGAGGCCACGGGUUCUAAGGCGGGCGAGGCGGCUGCUGAGGCGUUGGCGGAGGCGGCGGUCGACGCCGUCUACGGGGCGCUCGUGGCGGCGACGCUCGAGGAGUGGGCUGGAGCGAGCACGGACAACCCCGUCUCCGCGGAGGACGCUCGAGGCCCAGGCCUCGAGUGUCAGCAGUGCUUUGCGAACUUUUACGACGGGUUUGGCGUGGAGCCGUGGCUGUGGCGCCGGGCGUUGCGUGAGGGCUGGUCGGAGCUGGGGGGCUGGUCGAGAGAGGAGAUGGAGGCGGCGGAGAAGGAGAUCUGGCGCGGCGAGAGUUCUGAGAUCUCUCAGCUAGGCGAGUGGGUCUGCGAUGCUUGCUUGGAGGGCUAUUUGGGGGGGGGCGUUGGCGACUACUCGGAGCUGCGCAGCGGCUACGAUGAGGAGCCUGAGCCAGGGGAGGGUUGGGAAGGGGGGGCGAGGCCGGAGGAGUAUGACGGCCUCUUCGACGGCCCAUAA